GUACUUCGAGCACAUAUAUUGCCACUUACCAACGUUGCCUUUAACAAAUCUGGUUCUUGCUUUAUCACUGGAAGUUAUGACCGAACAUGCAAACUGUGGGAUACGGCAACAGGAGAAGAGUUACGUUCUCUGGAAGGCCACAGAAAUGUGGUGUAUGCAAUUGCUUUCAAUAAUCCUUAUGGUGACAAGAUUGCUACUGGAUCAUUUGAUAAGACCUGCAAAUUAUGGAGUGUAGACACAGGAAAAUGCUAUUAUACUUUUAGAGGACAUACUGCAGAAAUUGUUUGCUUGUCAUUUAAUCUUCAAAGCACACUAGUUGCAACAGGAAGCAUGGAUACUACGGCUAGACUAUGGGACAUACAGAAUGGAGAAGAAGUAGUCAGAUUAACAGGACAUUCUGCAGAGAUAAUUGCAUUAUCGUUUAACACCACAGGAGACAAAAUAAUCACAGGUUCUUUUGAUCAUACAGUUGCAGUAUGGGAUGUUAGCACGGGCAG